AUGUCGUCUGAUACAGAUACAGGCGCAGAGCCUAGGCCUACUGGCCUACUAGAUGCAAUCAAGCGUCUCGAGGCAGUUGCUUCCGUGCCUUCUAAGCAACGUGAUAUAGAUGCUGGAGAACUGGCCAAAACGAUCGCUACGCACGCAUAUGAGGGCGGUCUUUCCCAGAUCGCGCUUGAGCGUCUGGUGAAGAUUACCACGACACGCAGUCAACUUGACCAAGGUACAAUUACUACACUUAUUAAAAACCUGUAUCCGGUGGAAAGUGUGCCAUCCAGCCUCGUCACGCAGAUUGCGUGUUGUCUUGGGCCUAACAAGAACAAACCAUCACCUGCGACACAAUCGUUACUCUUGCGAUGGCUGAUCAUGGUACAUGAGUUCCUUGCUGAUAGGUCUCACUUAUCCAAGCUUUAUGCCGUACUUUUUAACCAUCUAGACAUGAUAAGUCUGCGCAAACCUCUAUGCCAUCUUCUUUCCCUGGUUACACGGCGCAAGCAUGUUAAGCCAUUUAGGAUACAAGCCCUGAUGGAACUGGUUGUUACUUCUGGUGGUGAUGAAAGAGAACUUGUUACACUACUUAAAGUCUUUAAGAACUACUGCCCUGAUGUCAUUGUUGGGGACCUGGGUGUAUCUGGGAGGAAGGGACUGUUCUUCAAGCAUCCAGACCCUGAAUGGUCCAGCCAUGUGAGGCUUCUCCAAGACACAAACAUGGAAAGGCUACAGGCUACCCAGCCCCGGAAUUUUCAAGUGGUGCACCGUGGAAUAUCGAAAAGAAGCAAAAUGGAGGUCCUGGUACCGGAUGUCCAGACUUCACGUGUCUCCUAUGGACGCACAUCCUUGGAAGAACUACGUGGUGUUGACCACUUUGUUGACAAGCUUGACAAAAUUGAGUUGCCAAACCAGAUCAUAUCGAUGAUUGGAGAUGGUAUCGCCCAAAAGUACUUGUUUCUUGUCCAGCCUAAGUUCGCUAGCCACCGUUUGGAUGAUUGGUGGAGAAGCUUUUUUAACGAAAACCUGGAGGAUGCUGAAGACAAAGAUGAGAAACUGGAAUCCUUGAGCUACAUAAUGUCUCUUGCUGUGGACUAUGUACAAUACACAAAGGAAAUUCCUUCCCCAGUUGCCGCGUUCUUGAAAUCGUAUCUUCUGUCAUGGAACGGCAGAGAUAUGAGAGAGCAAAUAUUCUACCUCCUCGAAUACCUUGAUAUCGAGGAUUAUGACUCUAUAAAACAUGAUUUCUUGGAGCCACUCGAAUAUGCCGUACUUACGGACAAACUGUUUCCCAGAUCUAGCCUAUUGGACUUCUAUACUUCUAUCAUUCGCCAAUGGGGUGUCAAAUUAAGGGCCCAGCCAUUCACUUUGGAAGAAUCUAAACCACUGGGCCGUUUGAUCUCACACGCAGAGCUGUUGGCGCUGUCUAUUCUCGAAUGCCCAGCUGUUCAGCAGGCGCCUGCUGACAAUAUGGAGAGCCCAAGACCGGCUGCCCUAUCUGUCACUGAAUUUUAUUGUGUUUUAGCUGAAUUAUUUUCGCAUUCACACCUAAACGGAAACAUUCGUAUUGCGAUUCCAAUGGCUCCCACCGUCUACACACUCAUCUUUACUCCGAUCAACUCCAUUAUUUCGAUAAUGAGUUCCGUGCUUGCCAGCUAUAAAUCGGCCUUCGAAGCUUCCUUGACUUCUAAGGUGCUCCAAACCCCGGGUUCUGCCGAAUCACUAUAUCCAACACAGUUGGUGGGCCAAUUCAACGGCUACAUUAUGGAUAUUUGUAACCUCAUAUGGCGAAACCGAGGCCUAAAUGGGGACGACCCCAACGCAUUAGGCUGUUUGAUACCUGCUCCUACAAUCGCUGCACUCACGCAAUAUGUCCGGGAUGCAACAGACAGCUCUCGAGAAAGGAAGAGAGAGACAGCUUUUACGUAUAAUCUGUCUUCGAUGUUCUCUCUUAGCCAUAAUGUCGCACUCUGUAAUAUGUCCGCUGCUUGCUUCGCCGAUAUUGAGGAGGAAAGCGAUCUCGGCGAAAACCAGCCUAGGCUAAAGAGACCAGUAACCCAGAAAGCACUCAGUGCCUUGGAGAAGGAAGGCGGCAUUAAGGUACCUUGGCAGGAAUACAGAGUGCGAAUGUUGGACUGGCUGGAAGCGACAGGAAGUAUUGGCAUUGGAAGCUUAAUGCGGAGCACGAUGAAGGCCUUACGGAAAGAAUGA